AUGUUUGUAUGCAGAGGUCAAACAUGGCUGCUAUGAGAAGUCCUGUGCACAUAUUUCGUAGUCUUCUGCGGGAACUACGCCAUCUGCAUGGUCCAGAGCGCUAUAAAAACAGUGCUGCGUGCAAUUACAUUCGGGAGCAAUUCCGAAAAUACCAGGUAACUAGCGAGAAGCUCUGCCUGGCUCAGCAAGAACUUCAGUUUCAGGCCUCCACUUACUUUUGCCUUCUCCAAAGUGUUAGGAAUCAACUUAUCUUACAUGAGGAAUUCCAUGCUAAAGGAGAGCGUUCUACUGAAGAAGCGGCUGGUCUUGUGGGUCUCAAGCUACCACAGCAACCUGGAGGAAAGGGAUGGGAAACAUAAAACUGCUUAGAAAUAAUGUCAUGGUAAAUGUCAGAGACAGCAGUUUAAAACGUUCUUCUUUUUACUUAAUAAAUUAAAUGUUUAUGUAAAUAUUGAU